GCGAUUGGUCGGUGGGAUAAAAGCGCGGAGGGCCUCGCUUCCGCGGUGUGUAGCCGGCUGGGACUGACCCUCGCCUGACUCAGUUGUUAGAGGUGGAAGCUUGGCAGUUGGCCUCCCUUCUUCCCAUGGAGGACGGGGGCUUAACAGCCUUUGAAGAGGACCAGAGAUGCCUUUCCCAGAGCCUCCCCUUGCCAGUGCCAGCAGAGGGCCCAGCUGCACAGACCACCGCCGAGCCCAGCAGGUCGUUUUCCUCAGCCCACAGACAUCUGAGCAGAAGGAAUGGGCUUUCCAGACUCUGCCAGAGCAGGACGGCACUCUCCGAAGACAGAUGGAGCUCCUACUGUCUCUCAUCACUGGCUGCCCAGAAUAUUUGUACAAGUCAACUGCACUGCCCUGCUGCCCCCGAGCACACGGACCCGUCCGGGCCCCGGGGCAGUGUGUCCUGCUGCUCCCUGCUGCGGGGACUGUCCUCAGGGUGGUCCUCACCCCUGCUUCCGGCCCCUGUGUGCAACCCUAACAAGGCCAUCUUCACGGUGGAUGCCAAGACCACAGAGAUCCUGGUUGCUAACGACAAAGCUUGCAGGCUCCUGGGGUACAGCAGCCAGGACCUGAUUGGCCAGAAGCUCAUGCAGUUCUUUCUGAGGUCAGAUUCUGAUGUGGUGGAGGCCCUCAGCGAGGAGCACAUGGAGGCUGACGGCCACGCUGCGGUGGUGUUCGGCACGGUGGUGGACAUCAUCAGCCGUAGUGGGGAGAAGAUUCCAGUGUCUGUGUGGAUGAAGAGGAUGCGGCAGGAGCACCGCCUAUGCUGCGUGGUGGUCCUGGAGCCCGUGGAGAGAGUCUCGACCUGGGUCGCUUUCCAGAGCGAUGGCACCAUCACGUCAUGCGACAGUCUCUUUGCUCAUCUUCACGGGUACGUGUCUGGGGAGGACGUGGCUGGGCAGCACAUCACAGACCUGAUCCCUUCCGUGCAGCUCCCUGCUCCUGGUCAGCACAUCCCAAAGAAUCUCAAGAUUCAGAGGUCUGUUGGAAGAGCCAGGGAUGGCACCACCUUCCCUCUGAGCUUAAAGCUGAAAUCCCAACCCAGCAGUGAGGAGGUGACCACCGGUGAGGCAGCCCCUGCGAGGGGCUACCGGGCAUCCGUCUGGGUGUUCUGCACCAUCAGCGGCCUCAUCACCCUCCUGCCAGAUGGGACCAUCCAUGGCAUCAACCACAGCUUCGCGCUGACGCUGUUUGGUUACGGAAAGACCGAGCUCCUGGGCAAGAAUAUCACUUUCCUGAUUCCUGGUUUCUACAGCUACAUGGACCUUGCGUAUGACAGCUCGUUACAGCUCCCAGACCUGGCCAGCUGCCUGGACGUCGGCGAUGAGAGUGGGUGUGGGGAGAGAACCUUGGACCCGUGGCAGGGCCAGGACCCCGCUGAGGGGGCCCAGGAUCCAAGGAUUAAUGUCGUGCUUGCUGGUGGCCACACUGUGCCCCGAGAUGAGACCCGGAAGCUGGUGGAAAGCCAAGACAUCUUCACCGGGACUCAGACUGAGCUGGGAGCUGGAGGCCAGCUCCUUUCUCGCCUCUCACCUCAGCCUGCUCCAGGGGUGGACAGUGUCCCAGAAGGAAGCCUGCCAGUGCACGGUGAGCAGGUGCUGCCCGAGGACCAGCAAGUCACUGCCUUGGGGAGAGAGGAACCUGUGGCAAUAGAGAGCCCCAGACAGGGUCUUCUGGGAGAAAGCAGGUCUGAACCAGUGGAUGUGAAGCCAUUUGCCUCUUGCGAAGAAUCUGAAGCUCCAGUCCCAGCUGAGGAUGGGGGCAGUGACGCUGGCAUGUGUAGCCUGUGUCAGAAGGCCCAGCUAGAGCGGAUGGGAGUCAGUGGUCCCAGCAGUUCAGACCUCUGGGCUGGGGCUGCCGUGGCCAAGCCCCAGGCCAAGGGUCAGCUGGCGGGGGGCAGCCUCCUGAUGCACUGCCCUUGCUACGGGAGUGAAUGGGGCUUGUGGCGAAGCCAGGACUUGGCCCCCAGCCCCUCUGGGAUGGCAGGCCUCUCGUUUGGGACACCUACUCUAGAUGAGCCGUGGCUGGGAGUGAAAAAUGACCGAGAAGAGCUGCAGACCUGCUUGAUUAAGGAGCAGCUGUCCCAGUUGAGCCUUGCGGGAGCCCUUGAUGUCCCCCACGCCGAACUUGUUCCGACAGAGUGCCCGGCUGUCACCGCUCCUGUGUCGUCCUGCGAUCUGGGAGGCAGAGACCUGUACAGUGGCUGCACGGGCAGCUCCUCAGCCUGCUAUGCCUUGGCCACGGACCUCCCCGGGGGCCUGGAAGCAGUGGAGGCCCAGGAGGUUGAUGUGAAUUCGUUUUCCUGGAACCUCAAGGAACUCUUUUUCAGUGACCAGACAGACCAAACAUCAUCAAGUUGUUCCUGUGCUACGUCUGAACUCAGAGGGACACCCUCUUCCUUGGCAGUGGGCUCCCAUCCAGAUGUAGGCAGUCUCCAGGAACAGGGGUCAUGUGUCCUGGAUGACAGGGAGCUGUUACUACUGACCGGCACCCGUGUUGACCUUGGCCAAGGCCGACGGUUCCGGGAUAGCUGCCUGGGACAGGAUCCAACAGAACCACUUGAGGUUUGUUUGGUGUCCUCUGAGCAUCAUGCAGCAAGCGACAGAGAAAGCCCAGGACGCAUUCCUUCCACGUUGGAUGCUGGCCCUGAGGACACAUGCCCAUCAGCAGAGGAGCCAAGGCCGAACGUCCAGGUCACCUCCACACCCGUGAUCGUGAUGUGCGGGGCUGCUGGCCUGCAGCGGGAGAUCCAGGAGGGUGCCUACUCCGGGAGCUGCUACCAUCGAGAUGGCUUACGGCUGAGUAUACAGUUUGAGGUGAGGCGGGUGGAGCUCCAGGGCCCCACACCUCUGUUCUGCUGCUGGCUGGUGAAAGACCUCCUCCACAGCCAACGCGACUCAGCCGCCAGGACCCGCCUCUUCCUUGCCAGCCUGCCCAGCUCCACCCACUCUACCGCUGCUGAGCUCACCGGACCCAGCCUGGUGGAAGUGCUCAGAGCCAGACCCUGGUUUGAGGAGCCCCCCAAGGCUGUGGAACUGGAGGGGUUGACGGCCUGUGAGGGCGAGUACUCCCGAAAGUACAGUACCCUGAGCCCGCUGGGCAGUGGGGCCUUUGGCUUCGUGUGGACUGCCGUGGACAAGGAAAAAAACAAGGAGGUGGUGGUGAAGUUUAUUAAGAAGGAGAAGGUCUUGGAGGAUUGUUGGAUUGAGGAUCCCAAACUUGGGAAAGUUACUUUAGAGAUUGCAAUUCUAUCCAGGGUGGAGCACGCCAAUAUCAUCAAGGUAUUGGAUGUAUUUGAAAACCAAGGGUUCUUCCAGCUCGUGAUGGAGAAGCACGGCUCCGGCCUAGACCUCUUCGCUUUCAUCGACCGCCACCCCAGGCUGGAUGAGCCCCUGGCGAGCUACAUCUUCCGACAAGUGAGAGCAGGCCAGAGCCGGCUGGGUGAACGCAAGCCUGGGUGCCUGGGUCCGGUGGCUGCAAAGAUCAGUGAUCCAUACUCUGUUCUCUCGCUGAGCUGGAUCUAGCCUUGUGUGUGGGGAUUUCAUGGAGUAGGUUAUAUAUUUUGAGAAGAAAAUUCUAUGAUUGAAGUAGAGAAAGUGCGGUUGAGAAGGAAGGAUGAGGCCAGAUACAGUCCUGGAAUGAUGGGAAAGUAUGUUUAAUGAUUAAGGUUUAUUUACAUAUAUAAAAUAUCCACAACAAUCAUAAAAAUUAAUCAAUAAGGGUUAGGAUGCAGUCAGAGAGUGUCUCAAAGGCAUGUGUGUGGCACAGCGGCCUGCAGGCUGUAAGUGCUAAGUAAAUGGUGGUUGUUCAGUUAAUUAACCAGCAAAAUUGAGAUCCUGACAUUCUCAUUUUACGGUAAGUAUUUGUCUUGAUCUGUUUUGUGUCUAAUUACGUAUUGAACUUUGGCCAUUAUUUUAUUGGAAUGGGAGAGUGAUGAUCAAAAUAGGAAGGCAUCCUAGCAGAGGGACAGGAGGAAGAAACGGUAACUCGUGUUGGGUUUUAAGGAGAAGAUGGUGGUUCCAUCCUGUGCUGCUCCCAGCUCCCCCGAAAGAAUUGGAGAAAUACCAGCAAAGCGCUGUGUAGACAACUCACAUUUGCUCUUGGAUUGUUUGCUGGGGACGACUCGAUUUCUAAUGACAGCUUCCGUGAAUCAACAUUUCUUCCUUAAAGCUACACGCUCUCAGGGGUUGCUGGGUUUCCAAAGUUUAGUUUCUCAGGCUCCUACUUGUAAGUUUCAGAUAUUAUGGUUCUGCCAAAAAAGGGUCACCUCUCUCCCUCUUCCUAUGUUGGAAGAUGACGUCCUCCCUUUAGUUUGUGGCAAACACUUGUUUCUGAAACUUUUUACAGCAAAUAGAGUAUCUGUGUGAGGUUAUGUUGAGGGUCACUUGUUAAAAGCUGCUGCCUGGCAGCUGUUAAUUCUGGGGCUAGUGAGACACAUAAUUAUGGUGUUUAGACUCUAAAAUUUUUGCCAAAAGAAUCUCUACCCCUUUUUUUAAAUAUAUAGACAUAAAUGUUAUUCUAUAUAAAUACAGAUUCACAAUUUUAUAAGGUACAUGAUCGCACAUCAAUGUAUGUAGGAAUCAUGCCCAUUCUCAGGGCAUUGCCUGUCAGCUCCAGAUUCAUCAGGACCUGCUUAGCAGCGGGGUGGGGGAGCUGGGCCUGGGAACAGCCCUGGCUUGGUUCAGGCAGCUCCAGGGCAGCAUGGCCGGUCCAGGGCACAGAAGCAUCUGCAGGAAGAGCAGCUUUCUUCAAGCCAGUCUUUAUCCCUUUGUGGUUAAUCUCUCAGUACUAGUUAAUAAAUCUUAAUGAAACUUUCCA